UGUUUUAUCUGUCUGCGCUCUAUCUUGCUGGUUUUCGAUUGAAUUUGAGACAGAUAUUAAUUUUUACUUAAUAUUACUGAAUAUACAAUAAGUAUACAAAUAAUAACAAAGUCAAUUUAAAGAAAUGGCUGCUCAGCUCUUCAACCGAAUUGGACAAGUGGGUCUAGGAGUGGCGCUUGUUGGAGGAGUCGUCAACUCCGCUCUUUAUAAUGUUGAUGGUGGUCAUAGGGCUGUCAUCUUCGACAGAUUUGCUGGUGUGAAGAACUUGGUUGUUGGAGAAGGCACCCACUUCUUCGUACCUUGGGUGCAGAGACCCAUCAUUUUUGACAUCAGAUCACGUCCCAGAAAUGUUCCUACUGUUACUGGCAGUAAAGAUCUCCAGAAUGUAAACAUCACACUCCGUAUCCUGUUCAGACCGGUCCCCGACCAGCUUCCAAGGAUCUACACCAUCCUAGGUAUUGAUUAUGAUGAGAGAGUGCUGCCUUCAAUCACAUCUGAGGUCCUCAAGGCUGUUGUUGCACAGUUUGAUGCUGGAGAGCUUAUCACACAGCGAGAGGUCGUAUCACAGAAAGUCAACGAGAGUUUGACUGAGAGAGCAGCGCAAUUCGGACUGAUCCUUGACGACAUUUCAAUUACACAUUUGACGUUCGGAAAGGAAUUCACACAGGCCGUAGAAUUGAAGCAGGUCGCGCAGCAAGAGGCUGAGAAGGCGCGAUUCCUUGUCGAAAAGGCUGAGCAACAGAAGAAAGCUGCUGUCAUCGCCGCCGAGGGUGACGCCCAGGCCGCCGUACUCCUCGCCAAGUCCUUCGGCCAGGCCGGAGAAGGUCUCGUCGAGCUCCGUCGUAUCGAGGCCGCGGAAGACAUCGCUUACCAGCUAUCCAAAUCUCGCAACGUUACUUACCUACCACAAGGACAAAAUGUCCUCUUAAAUCUUCCCACACAGCAGUAAACAUCCCUUAAAAUAACGCUGGACGUGUUCGUUACAGAAUCGGGGUUGGUUCAAUACAAUUGCAUUUUGUAUUUACAACACAAAAUAAUGUAUAAGUAUGUUGCAUUUGUUGAAGACUAUGGUAUGGUUGCGCCAAUAGAUAGUAGUCCAUAUUAGUUUUAUGAAAAAUUGUAUUUACGCAUUAAACUAUAAUUUUUGUUGA